GUCAGCUCUGCACCUGCUCCACCCCAUUUUGUGCAAAUUGAGGUGCAUGCACGGAAGUUAGCUUUCAGAGCAAACAGACUUAGGUGGCUUAAAGCUGUAGCAGUCUAUGCCAGGGUUUUGUUUCUAUAAUUGGAGUUGUUAACAGUAUGACAUAGGCUGAGUAUAUUUAGGCUGCUUUGUGUUUUUAGAAGCAAAGUCCAAAGGAGCAUUGAAGUGUGAAAGGUGGAGUAAAACAUUUGACCUGGUGGAAUUUAGGUGAUGGGGACGAUCCUGCAUGACAUUAAGAGACUUUUGGAUGACUGUGAGCUUUUUGUAUCGGAGAUCCUUGAAGAUGAGGACCUCAGUGAAAGUGCCCAAGAGACACGAAAAGUCUUACUAAACAACUUCAGAGUCGUCCAUAUAAGGAACCCUCAGGAAUUUCCCUUCCCAUCGGACUUCAGGGAAGAAGAUGGUUCUGACGAUAACCGCAGCUCCAGUCUUGGUCGCUCUGGCCCAUCAGACGAUGCUUCAGUAGCUUCUGACUACCAGGAUGAUGGCGGCCCAGAGUAUUUUGGUGACAUUCCAGCCGUGGCAGCUCAGGACCUUAACAACAUUUUGAAGCAAGGCUACCUGGAGAAAAGACGGAAAGAUCACAGCUUCUUUGGCUCCGAGUGGCAAAAGAGAUGGUGUGUCCUCAACAACUUAAUAUUCUACUACUACGGGUGUGAAAAAGAUAAACAGCAGAAGGGUUCAUUUCAUAUCAACGAGUACAGUGUUCAGCUGGUGACCAACCUGAGAAGAGACUCCAAGAAAAAUGCCUGUUUCGAGUUCUUCGCGCCAGGACGACGGGCUUUCCAGUUCACUGCCAGCAGCCCUCAAGAGGCACGAGAAUGGGUGGACCAAAUCGAUUUUGUACUUAGAGAUCUCAGCUCCUCCCUCAUCCCUCAUGAAGAGGAUGAGGAAGAGGAGACCUAUGAUGACAUUGAGGGGCUGACUGGUCCUCCUUUGCCUGGUGCUGCCCAGGCCUUUCGGAGUGCCAGACUGGCAGGAGGGCAGGAGAAGGGGGAGUUGGAUGAGGACGACGACGAUAUCUAUGAGGUGCUGCCAGAUGAGGAUUUCCUGGAUCAGAAGGAUGAGAGCAGUGACAUGAAGAGCAAAACAGCUUGGUCAUCAGAUUACGCUAACUACUACCAGGGUUUAUGGGAUUGCCAGGCUGACGAGCCAGAUGAGCUGGCCUUCCAGAGAGGAGAUCUCAUCUACAUCAUUAGCAAGGAGUACAACAUUCACGGCUGGUGGGUCGGCGAGCUGAACGGCACCGUGGGUAUCGUCCCCAAAGACUUCCUGCACCCUGCUUACAUCCUCUGAGCGCCAACAGAGCUGCUGCUGCUGCUGCCGUUUGCCGACAAAACACAGCCAUGAUUUUCACCAACAAUCGUCAGAUAAUGUCUUAUAAUUUUAAAUAAUUCUCUCCCACAGAAGACUGUGAAUUGCAUUCUGUAAAUCUGCUGCAGUUGUACUGAUUCCUGUGUAUUAUGAAUGGAAUAUACAGUAUAUUCCAUUCAUAAUAUAAAACCUCUCAUGGAGACUGUGGACUGGUUUAUUUUUAAUGAACAUGUUCUUGUAUUUUAUAAAAAAAGAUCAACACAAUAAUAGAGAUUGUUCCAACAUUAGCAGGCGUCUGAAUUUACUGAAUGAUCAUAUUGAUCACAUGAUCAGACUGAUAACAUUGAGUCACUGGUUAAAAUGAGCAAAAUAUGGACAGAAUUGUGAAAUAUUUGUCAACGUUUUCCUUCACAGACUUAAAACCUAUCUGCAGAUGAUGAUGAACAACAACAUCUUACUGCUUGAGCUGCAUUGACUGUUCAUAGUCGGUGUAAUUGUUGCCGUUUCAUCCACUAGGGGUCAGGAUUGCUCCAACAUGAGAUGCAUGUUGAGUUCCAAGGACAAAUAAAUAACAAGAUCAACACCAAAUCAUAAUUUGACAUAGAUUUAUAGUUUGUAUAUUUACAUGGAUACAGCUGGAGUCUCUUAAGAAGCAACUCAAAAUGG